AUGGGUCGGUACAGUGAUAACGAAGAUGAAUUUUUUGACGCCCGUGAGGUGUUUGCUUCAAUGUCUAACUCAGGCUCCGAUUGCUCCCCCAGAAGACUGUAUUGGCCCGUGAUGAAAAUGAAAUUCAGCAGGUCCACUAAUUCAAUGUUUCAGGUCUACAAGAGAGGAACAGUUGGAAGAUCCAAUUAUAUUGAUGCAUACACGGGAAGGUUUGGAGUUCCACAUAUGGCUUUCAACUCCAUUAAUUCAACCAUAAACAAUGGUGGUUUAUUGAACAGUGGUGUUUGGGCUCCACCACAACCAAUUCAGCAAAUGCGGACGUAUACAAGGGUUCUGUAUCAUUGUGAGUGGCGGGGAAUUGGAGGACUCUAUGCCUCUCUUUUACUCAUUGUCCACCACUUCAUACAUGAUUAUGGCAGAUUUGGAGGUACGAUGAAGGCGACAGUGUUGUGCAAUAUUGAUUGGUUCAAGCCCACGAGUGCAAUGCGGGUGGAAGCAUCCACCACAGCAGUUAUCAUCUUUUGUCUCCAAUCUGGUUCGUGCUUCUCAACCUCAAAAGAUAUCUUGCAAAAAGGUGGAGGGCAAAAUCGUCAUACACGGGAUACCUCUGUGGACAUAGAUGGGAACAUCGCAGAUUUACAGACGCCUCCAAAAGCACCUUCCACGAAGCGUGGUUUUGGUUUUAGCCUCUUUAAGAAAACCACUGAUACAACAGCUGAAUCAGGACUUGAAGUUGCACUCUAUCCUCAAGAAACAAAGAUUCCAUAUUUGGAUGAAUGGGAUCAAAAUGAAAAGGAUCACUCCAUCUCCUUAGGUGGGGCUGUUAAGGAUAUGGAGUCUAGCUCUCUCCAUCUUUUAGUUUUAUGUGGUGCAAAGCCAGAUGUUGAUGUGAUGCAGAGAAUAUCAGGAAAAUUGAUUGGGAAACUUGAGGAAAAUGGUGGAGAAUUGCCAUCUUCGGACAGCUCAAUUAAGGAAGAUCUAUCAAGCUUGACUAUACACCUUUUCCUUUAUAUCAAAGAGAGUCAUGGGAUCGAGAAGGCUUUUCAAUUUCUCAGCAAUGUGAAGUCAGGGGAGGAAGAUGCACUUGUGCUUCACCAUGUGGAAGGGGCAUCUGAUUGUUGA